AUGCGGUUUAUUAUUAUUCCAUUAUGGAUAUAUAUAAUAAUAAUUUGCACGUAUAAUUCUUUAAAAAUUGGCAAACAUUCAUUUAAUGAAUAUGGAGAAAUUAUGUUUUUUUUAGGAAAUUUGGGAAUAAAUAUUAAAAAUAACAAAAGAAAAAUAUUGCUACCAUUAAAAAAAAAAAAAACAAUAGUGCUAAUAAAAAAGAAAAAACUUAAACAUUCAAUUAAUAAUCAUUCAGAUAAAUUAAACGAAAACUAUAAAAUAUUUAAUAAAAAAAAUUAUAUAAAAAAGUAUGAAGUGAAAAAAGAAGAAAUAGACGAAUAUGAAAAACAAAUUAAAAAUUGCAGAAGUAGUGGUUAUGAACCACAUUUUCCAAAAGAUGCUUUUAGAACUCCAGAAGGAUUAACAAACAUUAUUUUAGAUUAUAAGUACAAAAAUGAUAACCUAAAAAUUCACAAUUAUUAUUAUUUUUUUAUUUAUUUCUUAAAGAAAUUAUCAGAGAAAGCAAAAAACAAAGAAAAUGAUGAAAAUCACAUAAUUAGUGUACAAGAUUUUUUAUAUUUAAAAAAGAAAGGAUUUUUUGAAGGAGAAUUAUAUACAUGGAAAAAUUGGGUUCUUCUUAAUAGGGGUGAAUGGAAAGAUUAUAUAGGAUAUGAUGAUGAUGAAAGUAACUAUGAAAUAAAAACAUUACGAAAUAUGAUAGAGCCUAAAAUGAAAAGAAUGCCUAUUGAAUAUUGGGGAAGUUUUAGAGCAAUAGAUUUUAAUGUUAAUCAUUACCCAAUUUAUAAGAAAUUGUUUGAUUUUUUUAAUAAAGUAAAUGUAAGUGGAAAUGAACCAAGGCAUAUGUUUUAUCCUUUUCUUUUUUAUCCAAGAUUUAGUAUUAGAAGAGAUAGAAGUGGAUUAGGCUAUGGAGAUGCUAAUUUUUUUGGUGAUUAUUCUGAUUUUUAUGAAAAACGGAAAGAAAGAGAAAAACAAAAAAAAAAAAAUAUAGAUCAAAUGGAAAUUAUUGAAAUGGAUUUUUUGGAUACAGAAGAUGAAAAGAAAAAAGAAGAAAAAGAGAAUAUUAUAAAUACUAAUAUACAUAGAGAGAAUUUUAUUGAUAAAUAUGAUUUUGGACCAAAUGAUAUAAAAAUAGAAGAAGCAACAGAUAUAAUAAAAUACCCACAAAGUGGAAGGUUAUAUCAGAAGUUCUAUAUAGGGCCGUUAAAUAUAACAGAUGGUCAUACUUUUGGUUCUCUUUUAAAAUAUGUUUGUCAGACUCAAAUUUAUGGUUAUUCAAUAGUUGCUAUCAAAAUUCAUAAUAUGAAUGAAGAUACUACAAUUGAUAAUGUGCAAGAAGACUUACUUGAGAUAGCAUUAAAUAUGUCUGACGUGUGCAUAUAUAGUAAGGAAAUAAAUGUAGAAAGCAAUAUACGUAUAAUUUUUAAAGGGCCAUUAAUGUUAGUAGCAGGAAUGAUUCCUUUACCUUCACAUUUAAAAAUAGUUAAUAGAGAGCAAUAUAUUUGCACAUUAAAAGAAAAUGGGUACAUUGAUAUUUCUAUUAAAAUAGAAUAUGGUAAAGGUCAUUGGUUAACAUAUGAAAAAGGAUUAUAUAAAAGAGAGGUAGGAUCAGAUAAUGAAUGUAUGAAAAAAAGGGAAGUUUUUGAGGUAGUUAAUAAAAAUUAUAUGCCUAUAAGUGCUAGUUUUAGUACAUGUAGAAUGGUACGUAUUGCUGUUCAUAAAAUUGCCACGAAAUAUUGGUGUGAGGAUAGGUGUGAAUUUACUGAUCCUAAGCAAAUGUUAGUUGUAGAAAUAUGGACCGAUUGUAGAAUGUUACCUAAAAAUGUUCUUUUAUAUGGCAUUAAAAAUAUUAAGAAAAUUUUAAAAAAAUUUAGAGAAAUGAUAAUAAAUGAUACUGAUUUUCCUUGCAAAGAAGAAGAAGACGAAAUAAAAAAAUUAUGGCCAUCAAUUGAUAGAUAUAAAUAUUUAAAGAUAAAACAAAAAAUGGAAGGAGGGCCUCCUAUUUAUAAUAUAGAUGAAGAAUUUAAUGAUAUAAAUAAUAACAACAAAUUAGAUCCUUUUACUCAAAAUCUGAUGGAUCCUGAAAAUUUACCAAAGCAUUCUAACAUACAAUUACCUAUACAAGAUACUCCACCACCUUUUCUUGAUACACUAGAAUGGUUAAAAUUAGAAGUAAAAAAAGAAAAAAAUAAUAAAAAAAAAAAAGAAAAAAAAAACAAUGCAUCCUCAAGAAGACGCACUUUUGAUUAUGAUGAAUAUUUAAAUAAUAGACUAGCUGAUAUAUUAGAUGAAAAAAAAAGUUAA